AUGGAUUCUAGGCUUUCAGAGGCAAUUAAGAGAAAUGACACACCUACGUUCAUCAUCUUAGUUGAAAAAAAAGAAGGAAUUUUUGACCAAAGAGAAGCUGAUACUUGCAACACACCAUUACACCUUGUGACAAAGUUGGGAAACCUUGACAUGGUAUCUGCAAUUGUCACAUCUCGCCCUGACAUGGUUGCUGCCGAGAAUAAGGACCGGGAGACUCCCGUCCAUGAAGCUUGUCGAGUAGGGGAUGCCAAGGUCUUAAAGCUAUUACUAGAUGCCAAUCCUAGAGCAGCUACUAAGCUCAACAAUGAAAAGAAGAGUGCAUUCUUCCUGGCUUGCAGCCAUGGCCAUGUUGAUGCGGUGAAUCUCCUGUUAGAUUAUCCUGGAAUGUUUGAAUUAGAGGAAGAUGGACUUGAUCAAACUUGCAUCAAUGCGGCUGCGUCUGGUGGACACAAGGAUGUUGUUAGAAAGUUGCUAAGAGUGCGUCCUGACCUUGCUUCUGUGAUUGACGAGAAUGGGAAUUCCCCAUUGCACCGUGCAACCAGCAAAGGACACAAGCAGAUAAUCCGGAUGCUCCUAAAGCAUGAUCCAAAACUCGCUCAGCGAAAAAAUAAAAAAGGCUACACGCCAUUGCACUUGGCAGCAAUAAAUUACAGAGCUCCUAUCUUUGAGGAAUUUGUUUUGAUGGCUCCAAACUCUUUUCAUUGUUUCACAAAUGACGGGGAAACAGUAUUUCACUUGUUUGUGAGACAUGGCCACCAUGAUGCUAUAGUAUCCUUGAUCCAUUGCUGCGAGGAUAUGGAUAUAUUACGUCAUAUGAAUUUAUUAGAUCGCCGAGAUCUUAAUGGCAACACCAUUUUACAUCUUGCAGUUUCUGAAGCACAACAUCAGAUAGCAGAGUACUUAAUCAAAACACUAGGAGUGGGAAUCAAUUCAAAAAACCGUGAAGGACUCACAGCGCUUGACAUCCUCAAAAGGGACAAGGAAAGUGUAGAAAAGCGGAGUCUUGAAGCAACAUUCAUGCAAGCAGGAAGCAAAAGGAACAGCGAGUUGGUUUCUCAUGCAGUGACACACCCAGAAAAAAUGCCCAAAGUAGAAAUAGUCAAUAAUCAGUCAGACACAAUCCUUAAAAGCAAGUCAAAUAGAGUUCAAGUUGUUACGGAGCUUGAAUUGCAGGAUUGCAGUAUAAAUGAAAUAGGUUCUUCCUCAUCAAUGACCCCAUCUAGUUUGUCAUCUUCCAGGUCAAGAAAUUCAUCCAUCUUUCAAUCAACCCCAUCUAGUAAGUCAUGGCAUCAGCAUCAACUCGAGGAGGGAGUUGACAAUGAAAGACAAAAGCCAGAGUCCAUAUUGACAACUAUUGAGAGACAACACAAGUAUCCUAGCAAAAGGCACCAGUCAGAACUGAGUGAGAUUUCCUCCAACUCCGAAAAGAAACAUCAUAAGGUAUAUACAGAGGCGUUGCAAAACGCCAGGAACACUAUAACGCUAGUUGCCAUCUUGAUUGCAACAGUUACUUAUGCUGCCGAUAUCAGCCCUCCUGGUGGUGUCAAUCAGGAUGGACCGAUGAAAGGACAGGCAGUAGCAGGAAGAACAAUUGCCUUCAAGGUCUUUGUAAUAAGUAAUUACAUUGCACUGUUCACAUCACUCUCAAUCGUCGUUGUUCUCGUCAGCAUCAUCCCCUACCGGAGAAAGCCACUGAUGAUGGUAUUGUCGGUUGCUCACAAGAUCUUGUGGCUAUCUGUGGCAUUCAUGGCAACAGCUUAUGUUGCAGCAACAUGGGUGAUCAUGCCACAUAGUCAAAAAAAAGAACUGGUGCUUGUAGCUUUAUUGGCUAUAAGCAUUGGCACUCUGGGAACAGUUUUUAUUGGUCUAUGUGUGAUGCUAAUUGAUCAUUGGCUGCGAAAAUUGAAGUGGAGAAAAGAAAGAAGAGAAAGACGGGAGCCUAGUGCAGACCUUGAAAUGGGAAGCCCAAACUCAUUCGUUGAGAGCACCAAACAUCAAGGAUUGCAUGCAUACUGAAUGUUUGCACAUCCCAUAGAAUUGAUAGGAAU